CUUAGAGAGUUGGACCAGGAAGAUUGUGUCAGGAGACUCAGGGACUAUUCCUGUGGAUCAAAGAAGACCAGCUCUGCAGUGGAAGGAUGGGAGGAAACUUGAGUCCAGGCCCCAGUUCCCCUACCUCAGUCUGCAUUGGGCUGGGAGGGGGCCUGACCCAGGGAACAGAAGCAGGAAACACAGGAAACCUGGAAGGUACUAGAUCCAGCCUGGGUCCUGCAAGAAGUUUGGGGGCCAGGCUCUCAGCCAGUGGGCCCUGGCUCCAGGCUGUCUCAGGAAGCAAUGCAUGUGAGGUCUGCUAAGGGCAUGGCAAGUAGAACCUGGCCCUGUGUGAGGUGAGGCUUGGUUGCCAGGUGACUGUCCUAGGGCAGCCACCCCGCUGUUUGAAACACUCUGCUUGCUGUGCUGAGCCCUCAGCUGCCACCAUCCCAGUACCGCUCCUUCCCUUGCCACCAUGUUAAGGCAGGUCAACAUGGACACGCUGCGGCAAAACUUCUGGAAGGAGGAAUACCUGAGGGAGAAGAUGUUGCGCUGUGAAUGGCACCGCAAGUAUGGGUCAGUGGUGAAGGCCAAGCAGAAGGCUAAGGCUGCAGCCCGCCUGCCCCUCAAGCUGCCCACCGUGUCCCCCAAAGCCCCACCCCCACCCCCACCUGCCUCCCAAGCAGUCCCUUCCAAGACCACCAGCCCUCUCCCAGAGACUCCUUUUCAGUCAGAAAUGUACCCAGUCCCACCUACCACCCGGGCCCUGCUGUAUGAAGGCAUCUCCCACGACCACCAGGGGCGCUACCACUACCUUAACACCCGAAAACUGGACCUGCCGGAGACACGCUACCUCUUCCCCAUCACCACCAACUUCACAUACGGCUGGCAGCUAGGUCCCCCAGUGAAACAAGAACUGGUCUCCUGCAAGAUGUGCCGCAUUGAGUCAUUCUUCCGCAAGAACGGGGCCUUCGCACUGCUUGAUCCCCGGGACCUGGCACUCUGACCUUGGCUGAGGCUUGGGGGAGCUAAGGGGAAAUAACAGGCCUUCUGUUGGGGCGAA